GUCUCUUCUUGCGCUAACGCCUCCUUCUCAUGAAAGGGAUACAUUUUCGUGCUCUAUCUUCGCCUGAUUUCAUCACUAGUCAUGGACACGAUGAGUAUGCGACUGGUGAAGUUCCAGACUAACGACCUUCCAUAAGAGGCUUAGUGGUCUUUUCCCCACACUGAGGUGUUCCGAGGCGCGGCAGAACAACUCCCAGCUCGACAUCGGAUGGAGCUUGUCAACCACCCACAUCGCCAUGGAUAAGAAACUUGAGGAGCAGCCCGUACUCGACGCUCCGAGGGAUCGGAAGCGUGGGGUCAAGCUGCCUACAUUCCGUGCACCUUGGAAAUGGACAACUGGUAAACUUCGACAUGGAACUGGAACUCGAGAGCCGAGAUGUCCACAAGUAGAGCCGCUCUAUCCUAAGCGUCGAACCAAAGCUUUAGAUGCCAUGGACAAAUUCCUGAACUCUGACGAUUUCCGGAACGCAACCAUUCCCAGGCUCUCAGGCGCAGUCCAGAUACCCACCGAAUCCUUCGAUGAUAUGGGUAACGUGGGCGAGGACCCAAGAUGGGAUGCCUUCUACCCUUUUGCAGCAUACCUGAACAAGAGAUUCCCGUUGGUACACUCUACCCUGCAAUUGGAUAAAAUCAACACGCAUGCACUGCUGUAUACUUGGCCCGGGACGAAUCCGUCUCUGAAACCCACGCUUUUGAUGGCACACCAGGACGUGGUUCCUGUCCCCAAAGCUACGGAGAAACAAUGGACGCAUCCUCCGUUCUCUGGAUUUUAUGAUGGCACAUUCAUUUGGGGUCGUGGGAGUAGCGAUUGCAAAAACCAGCUUAUCGGUAUCAUGGAGGCUGUAGAAGCUCUCAUCGAAGCAGGCUUCACACCAAAGCGCACACUGAUUCUAAGCUUUGGUUUCGACGAAGAGAUAUCCGGUCUUCGGGGUGCACAACGGCUAUCUAGGCACUUGGUCGAGAAAUACGGCCACAACUCCAUGGCCGUCAUCGUCGACGAAGGCGCCGUAAUCGCCGAAUCCUGGGGCGCCAACUUCGCCAUGCCCGGCGUAGCUGAGAAAGGCGCUGUAGACAUCGACAUCGUCGUGCGCAUGCCCGGCGGACACUCCUCCAUCCCACCACCUCACAACGGCAUCGGCGUUGCAAGCGAACUCAUCACUCUCAUCGAAGCCAACCCCUACGAACCCUUCCUCGACGACAAGAACCCCUAUCUCUCCCUCCUCCGCUGCGGUGCCGAACACGCGCCUCAUUUCCCGAAGAAGCUGCGCCACCUCCUCGACCAGCGCGACCGUACCUGCCGCAAAAAGCACGACCCCCUAGCCCAAGAAGCCAGCAAAGCCGGCCUCGAUAUCAAAUACCUCAUGACCACCUCCGUAGCCGUAGAUCUCAUCUCCGGGGGCGUCAAGACCAACGCGCUACCCGAGCGGACGCAAUUCACAGUGAACCACCGCAUCAACGUCGGAUCCAGCAGUUCUGCCGUCUUCGCCCACAUCACCGACUUAGCGGCCCACGUGGCGAGGAAAUAUAAUCUAACACUCACGCCUUUCAAUGGCACCGAGUCCCCAUCUUCUAUCACACUGUCGUAUAGACCCACGCUCCUGCAACCUGCGCCUGUGACGCCGACGCUCAUCGAUCCGAAGCGUCCGUCUGCAUAUUCCAUCUUGGCAGGCACGACGCGCGCAUUGUACGCUGAGGAUGGGAUUCUCGUCGCACCGGGGAUUAUGACGGGGAACACGGAUACGAGGUACUACUGGGUGUUGAGCGAAAACAUUUUCAGGUAUGCGCCUGGGUGGGAUAAGGAGCAGAGGGGGUUGGGAAAUAUACAUACGGUGGAUGAGAGGAUAGGGGUGCAGGCGCAUGUGGAUACUGUGCGGUGGAUGGUGGGGUUUGUGAGGAAUAUGGAUGAGGCGGAGCUUGAAUGAGGGGUGGGGAAGUGUUGGCGAGGAGGACGCUUUAGCUGUAUAUAGAGAAUUGGGACCGAGGGAAGGUGCAAAGCCUGUGUUAUGAAGGUAUGGAAUUGUCGAUCUUAUGUACAUACGAGAUAUCAUGGCAGCUUAACUUCAAAG